AUGUCUUCAUGUCUCGUGUUGCAUCAAUCCUCUAACUUUCAGUGGUUGAAUAAACAGACUGGCAACGAUCAACCAAUCUCACAGUGGGUCGCCCGCGACGACAAGUCCGGAGAGUUCAAGCGCGGUGUAUCGCAGUUUCGCAACUUCAUCUCGCGAGAGCCUGGCGCGCAGUUUCCGCCUGAGAAGGGCCGAUACCAUCUCUAUGUCUCGUACGCUUGUCCAUGGGCUCAUCGAACUCUGAUCACUCGCAAGCUCAAGGGCUUGGAAGAGUUCAUCCCCGUCACAUCGGUGCAUUGGCACAUGGGGGAGAAAGGAUGGCGAUUUGUUACCCCGGACGAGAGGCUCCCCGGCGCUGACGUUCAUCCUGACCCUCUCCACCCCCAAUUCACCCAUCUGCGCGACAUAUACUUUGAUGUCGACCCCGAAUACAAAGGUCGCUUCACUGUGCCCACACUGUACGACACCAAGACCAAGCACAUCGUUAGCAAUGAGAGCUCGGAAAUAAUCCGCAUGUUCUACCACGAAUUUGACGACCUUCUUCCCGAGCCAUACAAAAGCCUCGAUCUAUUCCCACCCUCGCUUCAGUCCCAGAUCGAAUCCUCCAACGAGUGGAUAUACAACGACGUCAACAACGGCGUUUACAAAUCCGGCUUCGCGACGACUCAAGAAGCAUACGAGAAAGCCGUCACCACACUCUUCUCAUCCCUCGACAAAAUCGAAUCCCAUCUCGCAUCCCGCCAACAAAUAGAAAACAAACUCACUUAUUUCGGCGACGGCAUCACCGAAUCGGAUAUCCGCUUAUACACCACCAUCGUCAGAUUCGAUCCCGUGUAUGUGCAGCAUUUCAAGACGAAUCUGCGCGAUAUAAGAUCCGGAUAUCCGGCUAUCCAUAGAUGGUUGCGGCAUUUGUAUUGGGAUGUUCCCGCGUUCAGGGAGACUACGCAGUUUGAGCAUAUCAAGAAACAUUAUACAAAGUCGCAUCCGCAGAUUAAUCAGUUUGCGAUUACGCCGGUGGGGCCAGUGCCGGAUAUUCUUCCCAAGGAUGAGGAGGUUAAGGCUGUUGUUGCGGCUUUGAAGUAG